GCUGAGGACUGAAGCGGCUUCUGUUCGCUAUCGUGGCCUUCCCUUCCCAUAGGCCGGCCUCGAGCACGAUGCAUUGUUGAUAGCCAUCGGCAGUCUUAGCUACCGCGCAACUUGUGGUUCCGCUUCCCUCGGCCUCUACAAUGACCGACAGGAUGGCUCAAGUUGCGGGAGAGAUACAGUGGGGCGUCCCGGCGUACCCCCUUCAUCCCAUUCCCACCUCCAGCCACCAACCUGAACCCAACGGGGUUCUUUCGCAGCCCCCCGCCAUUUCGCGUGCCAUCUACGAGCAGUACGCUAGCUACCAGGCCCUUGCUGACCUCUACGGUGGCCUGCCCGUCCCGCAGAAUCCCCCCCACCUCCUCCCCAGCCCCCAACCGCACACACGCAGCUCCCCGGCCAGUGACGCCAUCGGCACGGCGAGUUCGUCCUCGUCUGCACACCAGCAGCAGGUGUGGCGGAUGCCUAGCGGGCAUGAGAUCGCUGCGGCGCACAGCUUCCACCGCGCUGUGGAGGCCAUGCAGGCGGGAGCCGGGGAGGGCAGCAGCGCACUUCUGCAGACGGACCAUCCGGCUCCCGGCCGUCAUCUGCAGCUGGUGUCGGCCAUCCAGCAGCGAGAGAUGGCCGACGAGCCACACCCACACCCACCCCAGGCUGCGUCCGAUGACCACCAAAACCACCACACCGGUGCCGGCAGUAGCAACGGUAGCAACAAGCGCCCCCUCACCGAAGAGGAGGUGCCCGAGUCGUCGAUGGCGGUGCAGCCGUACGAGAUGCCGGCGUUCAAGCCGUUUGACGGCGAGGCGCCGGUGCUGGUGCAGGGGGUGCUGCGCAACAAGCGGAUCGAGAUCCGCAAGGCAUACCUGCAGCUGGAGGAGGAGGUGAUAGCCAAGUACAUGUCGGAUGCGGAGCCGGCGCAGCUCGUGUCGCGACUGGUGCGGGAGAACCGGGAUUGGGUGUUCGGGCUGUACAGUAGGAGCUUCCCAGGCUGGAGAUCUGGCGGCGAUAAGGCCAGAAAGUAAGAAGAGAACCACGGACGGGCCCUCAGAUGUGUGUGGGUGGACACGUGUGUGUGUGUGUGUGUGUGUGCAGGUUGCGUCCGGUGUGGUGCCGUCACGUGGAGAUCAACACCACGUACGCGGUGGUGGACAACUCGAGCGGCGGCAUCAUCAAGGCCCACAGCAGCCUCAAGUACCUCCCCACUCCGCCAACCGCCCACACCUUCGUCUGCGUCAAGCACAUCGAGUGCAAGCCCAUCCAGGACAGUCAGAUGGAGGAGGCCCGCGAGAAGGGCAUGCAGGUGCUGCAGCCCAACCCGAUGGUCAAGAUGGCCAUCGUCGUGGUCCCACACGAGGAGCGGAAGCCCAACCACAACUUCGCCGUCACGGUAGCGACGCUCAACCAGGAGAUCGCCAUGAAGCAGGCCAAGAAGCGAUACGGCACGGCCAAGAAGCUGGCGGGGUCAUCGGGAGGGAGCAGCAAGGGGGAGGGUGGUGGAGAGGACCAGGGCAUCGAGCACCCCAUCACAGUGCCCCACCCGUCCCUCUCCCUCCUGGCCGGCCUCCCGCCCCUCGCACCCCCGCUCAACCUCCCAGGUGUGGGCGGCUUCGCAGAGCUCGCCAUGAUCCAGCAGCAGCAGCAGCAGCAACAGCAGCAGCAACAGGAACAGCCCACCACCGGCAGCAGCAAGCGGCGCCGGAAGGGUGGGGGCAGCGGGAGCAAGCGCGAGGCGGCGUUGGCGGAGUUGGCGCAGGAGGUGAACGUAGCUGAAGCGAUUGGCGGCGUGAAGGUGGAGCAGGCGGAUGCUGCCGCCAAUGGGGAGGAGGGGCAAAACACUUAGGAUAAGGUUGACGAGAG